AUGGCAAAAGGCGUGAGGCGUGCCGUGAACUCCUGUGUGAUCAAAGCUGAGCGUCGCGAGGUCACGUGCUGGGGCGCUGAUGUCACCAAGACAGCUUUCGGUGAGGACUCAUUACACCGAGAGUACCCCACCAAGGUGAGGCAAGUCAUCAAGAUAUCAGGCUAUAUAGGAUGGUGA